AUGGCGACGUUUGAGGACUGGUACAAGAGCGUGCCCUUGGUGACACGGACGUACAUGACCCUGUGCUGCCUCACUACGCUGGCGGUGCAGCUUGAAUUCGUGAGCCCCCUGCAGCUCUAUCUGAACUUCAACGCCAUCUGGCAGCACUACCAGUUUUGGCGAUUAAUCACAACGUUCUUGUUCUUCGAUUACUUCAACUUGAACUUCGUCUUCCACAUGUUCUUCACCAGACGCCUGGAGGAGGGAUCCUACCGCGGCCGCACCGGCGACUUCUUUUUCCUGUGGCUGUUCUGUGCAGUCCUUCUAGUGUCGAUUCAGUGCGCCAUGUACUGGAUCCCGAAGGCACCUUCUCUCCUCUUCCUCGCGCCCUCGCUGGCCUUUGCCAUCGUAUACGUCUGGAGCAGAAGGAACACCAAUGUCACGAUGAGCUUCCUUGGGCUCUUCACCUUCACCGCGCCCUACCUUCCCUGGGUUAUCCUCGGCUUUGGCGUGAUGCUGGGCCAGAGCCCCAUCUACGAUCUCUUGGGUCUUGGCGUGGGUCACAUCUACUAUUUCCUCGAGGAUGUCUACCCCAACAUCUCUGGCAGACGCCUCCUCAAGACUCCCGGAUUCAUUCAGUCGUUCUUCGAUCAAGUUGAAGUGAGAGAGGCUCGGCAUUUGGGUGAAGGGGAGCACCUCCACGACGAUUGA